AUGCAGUAUCCUUUGUUAUUACCUUAUGGAACAUAUGGGUGGGAUAUUAAUAGUCAUGAUGAGAAUGGAAGACCUAUGUCAUGUUGCGACUAUUAUGCAUAUAUGUUACAGAUGCGCCCAGGUGAUGAAAAUCCUCUACUUCGAGGUGGACGGCUCUUACAACAAUGGCUUCGCAGUAACCAAGAUACAAUUCGGAAAGAAUUUUAUCAAGGACUUCAAGACUCUUUUAUUGCUGGGGAAAACAAUGCCGGUAACGUCGGUCAUAGGACAAUUCUGCCAUCAUCAUUUGUUGGAAGUCCACGUGAUAUGUACCAACGGUACCAAGAUGCGAUGGCUUUGGUUCAAAAGUAUGGCAGACCAGAUUUGUUUAUCACUAUGACGUGUAACCCGAAUUGGGAAGAAAUUAAAAGUGAGCUACUCCCUGGACAAACAUCACAAGAUCGUCCAGAUUUAGAGGUCAGGGUAUUUCGUUCAAAACUUGAGCAACUAAAAGAAGACAUCAUCACCGAAGGGGUAUUGGGAAGAGUUAUUACUCAUGCUUUCGUCGUUGAAUUUCAGAAACGGGGCCUACCACAUGUACACAUGCUGAUCAUGUUGGAUGAAAAUGAUAAGCUUAAUAACCCUGAAGAUUAUGACCGCAUUGUUAGAGUAGAAAUACCAGAUAAAGAUGAAGAGCCUCAACUUUAUGAUCUGGGGUUGAAACAUAUGAUUCACGGUUCAUGUAUGAAAAAUGGGAGAUGCAAUAAAAGUUAUCCAAAAUCAUUUGCAAAUUUCACUGUGCAAGGAAACGAUGCAUAUUCUAUAUAUCAAAGACGAGCAAGUCGCUUACCAGUCCCUCUACGUAGAUCUGGAGACACAAUGGUAGAUAAUAGUUGGGUUGUUCCUUAUAACACGUGGUUAUUGCUACGGUAUGAUUGUCACAUCAAUGUUGAAAUAUGUGGGAGCAUAAAGAGUGUCAAAUACUUAUAUAAGUAUGUCUACAAAGGUCCUGAUAGAGUUGCAGUUGAAGUGCAAUCUGACCUGGAGUUCGAUGAAAUAAGACAAUUUGUCGAUGCAAGGUGGGUUUGUGCACCAGAGGCUUUAUGGAGGAUAUUUAAAUUUGUAACUAACAGAAUAUAUCCAACAGUCGACAGAUUACAAAUACAUCUUCCAAACAUGCAACAAAUCAGAUUCGAUGCAAAUGAGACUGUAGAAGACAUUCUAGCAGAUGAGCAUGCACAGAAAUCUAUGCUUAUUGAAUAUUUCACCAUGAACCGUAUGGAUCUGGAAGCAAGACGAUGA